GGGGACCCGCGCCCGCCCCAGGCUUCGGCGUUCGACUCCCGGGUCCUGCACGUUCUAUUCCCAGGCGGCCCCGGGACGCGGCCCGAGCGGCCCCCUGCGUCCCCGGGCCGGGGCGCCGAAGCCGCGACGCAGGCAGACUGACCAUGGCGGAAUUCUCCCAGAAUCGGAGCAAGCGGCGUGACGGCGAGGUGCUGGGCGGCGCUGUAGACUUCCUCCUGGCCAAUGCCCGCCUGGUGCUGGGAGUGGGUGGGGCUGCGGUGCUGGGCAUUGCCACCCUGGCCGUGAAGCGGCUCAUCGACAGGGCCACCAGCCCCCGGGACGAGGACGACGCCAAGGGGGAUGCCCCAUGCCUGGAGGACAGCUGGCAGGACCUGAGCCUGCUCAAGGCCACGCCACGCCUCCAGUCCCGGCCCCCGCCCGCUGCCCUCAGCCAGCCGGUGCCGCCUCCGGCCCCCUCACUCUCUGCCCCAGAAGGGCCCGCUGACACAGGGCCCCAGACAUCACCUCAGCUCAGCUCGCCGGCACCGCCGCUGUGUCUGACGUUCCAGGAGAAGCUGCUGGCUUUUGAGCGGGACCACGUGACCAUGCCAGGGGCUCACAUGUCUCUGGCCAAGCAGUUGGCAGGUGACAUUGCCCUGGAACUGCAGGCCUACCUGCGGAACAAGUUCCCAGACCUGCCCUUUGGGGCGCUCGUGCCCGGCGGGCCGCUCUAUGAGGGGCUGCAGGCGGGGGCUGCCGACCCUGUGCGGCUCCUGGUGCCCCUGGCACUGGAGCCAGGCCUGUGGAGCCUGGUGGCUGGCUUGGACACUGUAGCCCAAGACCCUCGCUGCUGGGCUGUGCGUAGGACUCAGCUGGAGUUCCGUCCCCGUGGGAGCAGCCCCUGGGACCGCUUUCUGGUGGGUGGCUACCUCUCCUCCCGGGUCCUGCUGGAGCUGCUCCGCAAGGCCCUGACCGCCUCCGUCAACUGGCCAGCCAUCGGCAGCCUCCUCGGGUGUUUGAUUCGGCCACGUGUGGCCUCGGAUGAGCUGCUGCUGGAGGUGCAGCACGAGUGCCUGGAGCUCACCGUGGCUGUGCUGCUGACUGUGGCCGGAGCCCAGGAUGGAGACCUCUUGCUGGCCUGGCCCCUGGAGGGGCUGGCCGGGAACCUCUGGCUGCAGGACUGGUACCCAGCUGAGGCUGCCCGGCUGCGGGCCCUCGAUGAGCAGGACGCUGGGACCCGCCGUCGGCUGCUGCUGCUGCUCUGCACUGUCUGCCGAGGUCACCCAGCUCUGUGGCGGCUGGGCCGGGACCGCCUGGCUCAGGUGGUUCUGCACCUGGGUGAGCAGGAGGCUGACUGGGCCGAGGAGGCCCUGGGGGAGCACUUCCUGCAGGCCCUGGAGCUGCUGCUCGGCAGUGUGGAGCGGGCCAGCCUGCCCAGCCACUUCAACCGUGGCGUGAACCUCCUGGAUGGCCUGCGGGAGGAAGAGAUCGACGACCUGGGCUUUGCGCUGUACCGUGGCCUACAGGCCCCCGAGGGACUGCUCUAGAGGGUGGACGCAGCUGGGCAACACCCGACACCGCUGCUUUUAGCUGGAACGAGGGGGUGUGGGCGGCCCUCUUGGCCUGCAGGAGCUGCCGUGAGUCCCAGGCAGGGAUGAGGCCACUGUCUUUUUCUGUCCUGAGGGUGAGUCAUGCUUCCCUUGGGUGCGGGCAUCUCCAGGCUGCUGGUGCUUGGUGGUGGACAGUGUUUGGUCCCCCUGGGGCUGGAGUCACCUGGGACCCUCAGAACAUAGCUUUUGGCUGACCCUCAGGCCUGUGUUUUCCGUGCUGUGUGCCUGGUUUGCUCUCUAGCCUGGACUAGUGGGGGCUAACCUGGGGGAAGGCCCUUCCCCUCUAGCCACGGAGGCCCUGGGAGGGCUCUGUCCUCACUGGGGGAGCCAAGGCUCUCUGUGCUGCUCACCUGGCUCAGAGUCUAGGGUACCCCUGGCUGCUGCCAGCCCAGCCCCCACUGUGCCAACACCAGCUGUCCUAGCUGACCCUGUGCUCUCCCUGGAGCUGGUGGGGGCUGGGGCGGGGGGUGUUGUCUGCCUCCCCUCCCAGGCAUCUCUCCUGUCUCUGGUAUCCUUCCUGCCGAAGUAAAGCUAUGCCGCAAGGACUGUGGAUGAGAAUAAAAAAAACUCAAAUGUCA